AGUUCGAUUGCGAUUUAUUUAAAAGGGCUUGCCUAUGCCUGGGCUUUUGAUGCUUGGCGGGACAUAAUUGCACCAAUAAUAGAAUAGAAAUACAACCCACUGGUUGUAUUUGGCAUAGUUAUGCAAUUAAAUCAUGGAAUCGUUUUCUCUAAUAUAAUUAAAUUAAAUUAUUGGAAUACGUGUGGGAGGAUUACUUAACUGAUAAGAUAGCCUGUUUACUAUGCAUCAUUUCUAUAUAUUCUAUAAACACAAGUUAAAUUAAUAAACUAUCAAUAGUCAUGCAGAAUUUCACUGAAAACAAUAAGAAAUAAAAAAGCCUAGAUAUUGUAAAUGAUACUUCGUUAUACUGCUACGAUCAACAUGCAUAGCUACUUUAUUGGGUCUGUUCACGCCUUAUAGCGCCUUAUCAUAGCUUCGCUCACAACGGCAUGAUUUCUCGGAAAUCAGGUUGCCUGUAGUUUGAGCGCGCCGUCCUUGUUGUGACAUUCGGCGCAGAUGCAGACUGCUGCCAAAACCGUAUGCAUGCUACUAAGUGGGGAAGUCCCAGCAUCUCUGUAUAAAAACCACUGUUCCUUCAGCAGAGUGUACACACUGUCAAUGAAGACCAGACGGGAUAUUACAAGGAAUAACAUAGGAACAACUUCUCGCUCCAUCUUUACAAAAGAGAAUACCUGCUUUUAGGCUACAUUUCUAAUCAAUCGGAUUAAGCGACAUCAUAUUGCAGCUGAACCAUGCCUGUGUCUAGGAUGAGAAUGAGACCUUGGUUGGAGGAAAAGAUUGAGUCCAACACCAUCAGUGGAUUGGUGUGGGUGGACAAGGACAAUAAGAUUUUCUCCAUCCCAUGGAAGCAUGCUGCACGUCAUGGAUGGGACUUGAACAAGGACGCAUGUCUGUUCAAGCAAUGGGCCAUGCACACAGGGAAAUUCAUACAAGGCGAGACUAAACCGGACCCUAAGACAUGGAAGGCUAAUUUCCGCUGUGCAAUGAACUCCCUUCCUGACAUAGAGGAAGUGAAAGACAAAAGCAUCAACAGAGGGAGUGGAGCGGUGCGUGUCUACAAGAUGAAGAACGUCCACUCCAAGCCAAAUAACAAGAGGUCAAAAGCAAACAUUGUAAAGAAAAAUAACAAGGGGUCACAGAUCAAGACAGAGGGAAUGGCGUACAGCGAAACCAUUUGCCCCGAGGACCUCAAUACCAACACACACCCGCAGGAGGAAUGUAUGACACAGGAAAGCAUAGUAGACAGCACAGACAACCUAGAUGAUUUCACAUUUGCUCCAGAGUGUUCCACCAGUGUGGAAAUAGGCCCAGACAGCACCAACAACUUCUACACAUCUUUCCAAGUGUCACCAGACCACCCCACAGACUAUGAAGACAGUCACCAAGAAACCCUUAUUGAGAUGACACAGCAUUGGGAGCAAGGCAGUGUAAACGACAAGGGGUUCCUGAGCAAUGAAGUAGACACCUCAGAGUCCUUCGACACUGCAGAGUCUUACCACAGUCCAGAGAGCCAAUGGAGUGAUAACUCAGGGGCGGAAAUAGAGCUGCGGCUGUAUACAGAACUCAUCUCAGGACUACCGAUCAUUGACGACAUCCACCCUUACACCGACUACUGGUCACUGAACAACAACACAUACAGUUAUCCCCAACAGAUCACAUGCCCACUCUGAGGCCCGCUCUCUCAGACCCUGAACAGAACCAAAAGACUUCAUUCCCGACUUUUUCUUGAAGUCAUGACCUCAAGCUUACACCAUCUUUGGCAUUUGACGAAUGCUGCUCUGUGACAGUUGGAGGAUCUCUAAAACCUUUGGUAGCAUUUUUGAAAGGAAGUAUGUCUGGUACUCCCUACUGUGUUUCCACUCUUUGUUAAAUCGUGCUCAUAGCUGUAUUGUACUCAGUAUGAAUAGCUCAUUUACAAGAUCCACAGUUGAUAUGAUGGCACCUAGCCCGUUGCCAAAACAUCACAUCAACUCUCCGCUUGGAUGAGCAACAUCAGGUUUUUCUGUUUCACUGUGACAAAAUGUUCCGUUAUUUACACACUAUAUGGUAUACAGCAGUAUAUUCCCGGAAGAUAAUCAUUCAUAACAAACUAUUUUGAGAAAAUGUCUGUUCAUUUGGUGAAAGGUGUUAAAGAUGUCAUUUUGUGUAUAUUUGUAUAUAUCUUUUAUAUCAUAGUUUUUUUUGUUUGUACAAAUUAAAUUAAAUGCCAACCUAUUGUGA